AUGUCGAUCCCGGUACCGCUCGAAGAGCGCGACGUCAACACUCUUACUUUGGAAGAAUCACGCGAGCUCAUUCGUCUCCAGCGUGAGCAGAGGGACGCCGCUCCAGUCAUCAAGCGAGAGCGUAUCAAGCGGGAACGAAGCAGCACCAUUAUCAACGAGGAUAACGACGAUGACGACGUUACUUUCGUAUCUGCUAAGCGUAGACGGCUUCCCGUUACUCUCGAUGAGAAUGGUGCCGAGAUUAUCGAUCUGACAUAA